UUUUCACGGAGGCGGAAGAAGUUAGGAGCAGCUUCGAGCUCGCAAAUAAAAUCACAGCAGUAAUAAAUUCAGAAAAAGAUUAAAUAAAAGCUGCCCCGGCGCUGCGGGCUGCGCAGCCGCUCGGUCCGCCCCGGGGGAGCCGCGCGCCCUGAGUUUCGCUUGCCUCCCCCCUUCUGCUUCCCUCUAAAAGAUGAAAGAAGGAAUGUCCUUUUUUGCUGCUUCUCCUCCAGAGCUGCUGCCGCUGCUGCUGGUUAAUUGCACAUUCAAGUGGAAAAUUUUCGGGAGUCAGCAGAAACAUUGUAUCCAAAAAAGACAAAGUCGCAGUUACAACAACACCGAGGAGAUUGUCCCUGGAAAACUUCCUUUCGGUAGGAAUGAACUGAUAGCGAGAUACAUCAAACUUAGAACAGGGAAGACACGGACCAGGAAGCAGGUGUCUAGUCACAUUCAGGUUCUUGCCAGAAGGAAAUCUCGUGAUUUUCAUUCCAAGCUGAAGGUAACAAGCAUGGAUCAGACAGCAAAGGACAAAGCACUCCAGCACAUGGCAGCAAUGUCAUCAGCUCAGAUAGUCUCAGCUACUGCUAUUCACAACAAGUUGGGCCUGCCAGGAAUUCCCCGUCCUACCUUUCCUGGGGCACCUGGGUUUUGGCCGGGCAUGAUCCAAACGGGGCAGCCUGGAUCCUCGCAAGAUGUAAAGCCAUUCGUUCAGCAGGCCUAUCCUAUACAGCCAUCAGUCACAGCUCCCAUUUCAGGAUUUGAGCCUACGUCAGCUCCAGCUCCCUCGGUCCCUGCUUGGCAGGGUCGAUCGAUUGGCACAACCAAGCUCAGACUGGUGGAAUUUUCAGCUUUCCUCGAACAGCAGCGGGAUCCCGAAUCAUACAAUAAACACCUCUUUGUACACAUUGGACACGCCAACCAUUCUUACAGUGACCCAUUGCUUGAAUCGGUGGACAUUCGUCAGAUUUAUGACAAAUUUCCUGAAAAGAAGGGCGGCCUAAAGGAAUUGUUCGGGAAGGGGCCGCAAAACGCUUUCUUCCUCGUAAAAUUCUGGGCUGAUUUAAACUGCAACAUUCAAGAUGAUACAGGAGCAUUUUAUGGAGUCACUAGUCAGUAUGAGAGCUCAGAAAAUAUGACAAUCACCUGUUCCACCAAAGUCUGCUCAUUUGGAAAGCAAGUAGUAGAAAAAGUAGAGACUGAAUAUGCAAGGUUUGAGAAUGGCCGAUUUGUGUACAGAAUAAACCGUUCUCCGAUGUGUGAAUAUAUGAUCAACUUCAUACACAAGCUGAAGCAUUUACCAGAGAAAUACAUGAUGAACAGUGUGUUGGAAAAUUUUACAAUUUUAUUGGUUGUAACAAACAGGGAUACACAAGAAACCCUACUCUGCAUGGCUUGUGUAUUUGAAGUGUCGAACAGCGAACAUGGAGCACAGCAUCAUAUCUACAGGCUUGUAAAGGACUGAGCAGUUUUUUUUUUUAUAUAUAUAUAUAUAUACGUAUAUAUAUAUAUGUGUAUAUAUAUAUACACACACACACACACACACACACACACACACACACACACACACUUCAUUUCACUUCUUUAUCAAAACACAGACUGUAAACCUCAACACUAAGUGGCAGUGCCUCUGGCCCAACUUUCACCCACAUUUUUCUAAAUCCUGUUUUAGUGAAGUCAUUUUUAAUGUGUUCAUAUAUAAUUGUAGCUGUGAAAUUCUGGUACAGUUGUAAAAAUUAUUUCUAAAACUUAAAUGUUCUUCAAAUUUGUAAACCACAGUUCUUUGGGAAGACUGUAUUUAAGAAUCUACUGCCUCUGUCUGUGGAGGCCUAUUUUUAAUUCUGAUAGAAAAAUGUAUGACAGAGCAUUUGCCAUGGGGAAAAACUGACAGCAUUUAUAAGAAUUUAUUUUGAUUUUUUUUUCCAACAUAAAAUACUUGUUUUACAAUGCAAGUGAAAUUGAAAUGAUCUUUAGCUAUAACUGUAAAUGAGUACACAAAGUUAGUAAUCUUUAUAGAAUUAUCUUUGUAACUAAUUAGGGUGGAAGAUACGGACGAAUGUAAUUCACUAAAUUAUUUUUUAAAAUGAAACAUUUUUCUGUUUGAAACCAAAUGAAAAGUAUAGCCUUAAGAAAUGCCUGAUAGAAGCAGACAGGUCCUAAAAUUAGGCAAAUUUUGUAUUUUUUUCUCAAUGCUAAAACUAAUCUUCUAAUCCAUUAAACUUUCAAACAGAUAUUAACAGAGAAAGAAAACAUCAUCCCUUACCCCUAACAUAUCUAGUGUAUUUUAAAAGAAUAUAAAUUGUAUUGUACUAAUAUGAAAAUUUGAUUAUUUAAUGAAAAAGAUGGCUCAUUUUGCAAUAAGUAGGUAAAUACAGAAGAUUUAGACUCGCAUUAUAUGUAGUCUUGUGUGCGCAGUUAUAUUUUAUAUGGACAAUUAUGUUUUCUAGUAAGUUGAGUGAAAAACUUGCAACUCUGAAAUUAACAAAUGAAUGGAAACAACCAACCUUGUGACAGCACUGUAAUUUGUAAACUGAAAGCAAAACACAAAUGUGUUUGAGAGAAGAAUGCAUAUGCCUCUGAAAGGAUCAACGGCUUUAAUAUCUCUGAGAUGCUAGAAAAUCACACCCAACGUCAGGCAAAAAAAGAUUGGAAAGUGGAUGUUUUUUUCUUCCUUUCCCUCUUUAUUCAUGGUGCUCUUACACCUCGCCUGAGUUCUCUCCAGUUCAUGCAAAGCUGACACACUUGGUACUGCCAAAGGCCUUCUUGGACUACGUAUUUGUACCACGUGCAGUCUGAUGUCUUUUUGCAUGCAGAUGUGGUAGUAUUCAUCCUUCUGAUAAAUCAGGGAAGACUCCAGGAAUUGAAGCACAGCUACUUUAAUACUGUAAGGACUCAAAAUGUGGCUGUGGGUGUGAGUGAGUCUGAGGUACACAUAUGUGAGCUACAUAUUCCCAUUCUUCCCGGCUAGGCCAGUUAGUGUUACUCAGCUUCUCGCCCUGCGCUGCACAGCCAGCGCUGGCUUGUCAAUUCCCCAAGCACCAGUUGUCUGAACAGGUGCUGGGCCGGCAGCGCGGUCUCACGCAAAACACUUGCCUGAAAGCAGUGCGGACCACUUGGCCAACCGCGACAUGUUAAAGACCAGUCAUGAGAUAUCCCCAAAGACUGUUCUUGGGAGAUCUCUUGCAGUCAUGAAUCAAAGAAGUUACAUUUGGCAGAUGCCCUCCGCAUUGCGCUUAGCAAUAGGCCCCCCUGCACAGUUCAGGUCUAGACUUCACUCCCAGGCAGUGUUGCAGAUGUUAACAAAAACAUGCUCUUAAUUUUGGGGGUACUGCAUUUCUACAUAGUACCCUUUGUUAAACUUGCUUAUUGUUAAAUUAUCUAGAUUAGAAUAUUUCCUAGCACAGGUAGAGUAUUGCUGUAUGUCUGCAUGAGACGCUAUUAAUGCUUAACACUGGUGAGGACUCACAUUAGAGGAAGAUACAAACAGAUAUGAGGGGAAGGGAGACCACUUAAAUUCCUUAGUCUGCCUCUGAUCUAAGUCUAGGAGGUGGAUGAUUGCUGUGAUGUCUAGCUGUAAUUUGUUUGUGGAUAUUAGGGCUGAUGAUCUUUCAGUUUAUAUUCUGUGAACUCAAAAGAAUGGAAAAAUAUGUCCAUGGUAAGGUCUCUUUUAAUACUCAUUUUUAACACUAACAAUCACAUCAGGAAAAGCACUGCAUUGUAACAGCAUAACGGUAGCCCUUUAUUCUAAGCACUUGGUGUUACCACAGUCAAAAACUACUUUGUUUUAUUUCGUUCUGAAGUUGUCUUUUAUUUAGGGUUUGAAUUGUGGUUUUGGUGAUUUUCUUUUUUUAUAACAAGCAAACUUUUUAAGGCAUAUAAAGUAUGUAAGUCAAUUUGCAAAACCAGGUACUUUUUUUUUUUAAUAGAAUCUGGCACACUACAUAUGUCGUAAAUAUAGGGUAUCAAAAGUCACAAUGUUUAUUGGUGUUCACACAUGUAAUAUUAGGAAAACUACGUCCAUCGUCUUUUCUUUACACUUCUGUAAAUGAUCCAUACCCUGUAUAUGUUAAUUCUUAAAAGCCUUAAAUCCUUCAAAUGUUCAGUGUGGGGUGUGUAGUCCAACAGGCUGCCUGUAAACUGUGAGCUCUUUUGUAAGCUGGAAGAAUUUAGCUUGUUACUGUUACUUUUUAGGAACCUUUUAAUUGAGAGCUGCCAAAGCAUUACAAUAUGCAGUGCCUUAGUGUUAUAUUAGAAGUAUUCUUAGCCUCUUAACAUAAAUUUUAUAUCUUGUUUUAUUAAUUGGUUCCAUUUUUUAAAAUACAUGUAUUUUUUCCCACAGAAAAGCUCUUUGACUGCUUAGUCUAAACCAACUUUCAGUACAAGUCAGUCCUAUUACUACACAGUUAAAUGUCUAUACCAAAAGGAAAGGUUACAGACUCCUAGUUUUCCGUGAAAAGUGAAUUGUAUUAAUGAUGCUGCCUUUUUAAAUUUCAUGACCAAAUAAUUAACUAAUUGUGACUCUUCUGCACUCUAGCAUGAAAGUGCCUUUGGUUUGAAAUUCCAGCUUAGAAAAGUGCUGCCAUAAAUAAUGACAAUUUGUAGAGAGACCAAAAAUACUUAGUUAUCACCGUAAUGCCUUUGGUUUAUUGGAAUAAGUUGAAACUACAGGCCUCCAUUCACAAAAGAGCACCAUUUAUAGCAAAGUAAUUUUGCUAAUGAUGAAACUGCAGAAUGCUGGAGAAUAAUCUACUGUUUGCUAUUUCUGACAGCAUUGCAAACCAGCAACUGAUGUGUUUAUGACAUAAAAAUGAAAAUGAUUCACAUUUAUAUUCUCUUCAUCCACUUGUGCAUCUGCAAAAUGUGAGAUCCAUAUACUGCGGAUUUUCAGACAGUGGACAAACGUGACUUUAUUGUUCUCCUCUAAUAGUAUUUCAGUAUCUGUGAAUAUAUAUUUUUUUUUUUGUUUAGAUAAAGUUUUGUUUACAAAGUCAUGCAGACUGAAAAUCAGAUGAAUAAAUUUAAGGUGAAAAUGGAGAACUGAUGAUAAUUGGGAUAAAUGCAAUUAUGUGUUUUUAAUAAGUACUGAAAUGUUAAGUGUGAGCAUUGCGGAUGAAGGUGCUGUUAGAGACGCUCUGGCCAGCACUAUUGAAAACACAGGGUUCUUUUGUUUUGGUUUUCCCCCAGAUGGUAUCUCGGUAGGAGAAAGUUAGCUCCUCUUAAAAAUGUGUCUGUAUUUGAAACCUUCUGUGAACGGGGGCCAUACUCAACACUACAACUAAAAACGAUGGGAAGAGGAGCAGGAUUUUAAGAAAAAUAUGUUAGAACAAAUAUCAGCAAAACCAAAAGCUGUCAGAGGGAUUAUAUAGUUGUGAAUACGAUUUUAACUUGAUUUUUAAAGUAUUUGAUGAAAACUAAGAUUAACUUUUUAUAUAGAGAAAUAUUGUGACACUGUGUGGUAAAUAUUGUGAUAAUUCAAGUUCCCUGUCUCUAAGAUAUUAUUUUUGUUAUUCCUUCAAGGUCUAAUUUCACUUACCUCUAUCACACAAGUAAUCCUGUUGAAAUCGAUGAGAUUGAGGUAGGGCAAAGAUGAUUUUGCCUCACAAGUACAGCAUGCAUUUUCAAUUGAUAUAAAACAUUUCAACUGUCCUAGUCAGUAUUUAUAAUCAACUAUACUUCUGUCUCACUAAAAUAUUAAAAUAAGUAUAACGGUACCAUUUGGGGCUGUUAAAAAUUACUACUAACAAAUGUAGUUUUACUUACUUGAACUCCAAAAUCAUUUAUAUAGGUACUGCACCACUAUUUUGAAGGAAUUGCAGAUAUAAUGCUUAUUUCUCACUUUCAUUUUCUACUUCAGCUACAGCUCAUUAAGUUUGGCAGUAGCUUCCUCCGUUAAAAACUCCACGGUAUAGGCUUUUGUUAAUAAUGAAGGGUGUACAUUACUGUUGAAUGUAAGUAACUGACCAGUUCAAGGCAGAUACAACAUUUGACGUACUAAUUUGUAUCUAUUUAUUUUUCCACUGCAACUCCUAGGGCAUACUUGCUUUCUGAAGCAGUCCCCUUACAGUAUUCCUGGAUUCCUCAUACUGAGAAAUGUUUUGUCUUCUUUACUUGACCCAUACUGAUACAUGUAGUACCCGCCCACAGAGCACAUGUGAUAGGAGUCCAGUUUUGUACCUUGCUCAGGAUGAUCUCUUUCCCCCUCUUCUUUCAUUACAAGACAUUUAGCCCCCCCUUAAAAAAAAGACUGAGGCUGGAUAAUUUCAAAGUACAAAGUGUUUUCACUUUGUAGAUCUUCAUCUUCUAACUUUUCAGGUCAACCUUGCUGAGAUCAUGUAAUUAGUUUUAGUGUGUAAAUUAAAUCUUAAAUGCACUCAGUUGACAAAAAGGAGACGGAUCCCUGUUACCUCCUUACAAAAUAUGUGUUUUUGUUUUUGUUUUGUUUUAUGGGCCUCUGAUUCAGGCUCAUGACUGCAGACAAAAAAUACAAUAUGUGCCUGAAAAAAAAAGACGAAAGAAUUUUAUAACAUUAAAAACCUGAAUAGCCUUUAAUUCUUCAGUACAUUUUAUGUAAAACAGGUUGGGUUUUUGUUUUGUUUGGGGUUUUUUUGCCAUGUGCAUUUGUUCACAUUUGUAAAUGACUUAAUGGAAUUCUCACUUUAUGUUUAUUUGUGUAAUGUGUAUAAAAUGGGUUUGUGACUUAAGCAUAUUCAUAUAUGGUCAGUGGUUACUUUAAUAUUGUACUGCUGCUGGUAACUUUUGAUGUAGAACUUGCCUUUUGAUGAUAAAGUACCUCUAGGUUAGACAGGGAGGGAAGGCUCUUUGAAAAAAAAAGUGAAUGUUCUCCAAUGUUUUCUUAACAUAUUUGCAGAAGCUUUCAAAAGGAGUUUCAGUCAAACCUCUUGGCAGUACAGUAUUCUUGUAUUUGUUAUUGUCUGUGUGUAGGUACUGGUACCUUUUUUUGUUUAAAAUGUUUUAAGUGUUGGCUUUAAAGUGAAUUUAUCUUUAGUAUGAUAGUAAUAUGAAAAUUAUAGGUUUUGUGUGCAGAGAAUUUUUUUAUAAAGUGCUUUGUAAAAAAAAAAUGUAUUCUAGCUUUCGCGGUACAUAUGUGUGAUAACUUUAAUAUCCAUGACAGUUAAGUGCAAUUAUUUCAUCACUCUAAAAAUGCUAUUUUUGUGUCGGUUACUGCAGGUGUUUUCAUGUCUUUGCAAAGUGACACAUUUUGAUGCCUUCUUGAUAAAGUGGUAGAAUUUUUGUAGCUUUCUAGAAACUUUGUAUUCAUACAGUAUCGAUUGAAAAUAAAGAAAAUGAAAAUGU